UUUACGGUAAAGAAAAAAGAUAAAACGAGAGGUUUUGUCGGAAUAAGAUUCAAACGCUGUUUUCUGCAGUUUCUUCGUUUCUCUUCUCUCUCUUCAGAAAAAAAAGCAGAAAAAAAAAUCCAUUCAAAGAAAGAAAGAGCAAUUCAUUCCAAUCACAAUGGCAGAUCAACUCACCGAUGAUCAGAUCUCCGAGUUCAAGGAAGCCUUCAGCUUGUUCGAUAAGGAUGGCGAUGGUUGCAUCACAACAAAGGAGCUUGGAACUGUCAUGCGUUCUUUGGGUCAGAAUCCCACUGAGGCAGAGCUCCAAGACAUGAUCAACGAAGUAGAUGCUGAUGGCAAUGGCACCAUUGACUUCCCUGAGUUCUUGAACCUCAUGGCCAGAAAGAUGAAGGACACUGACUCUGAAGAGGAACUGAAAGAGGCGUUCCGAGUGUUCGACAAGGACCAGAAUGGGUUCAUUUCUGCUGCUGAGCUCCGUCACGUGAUGACCAACCUUGGGGAGAAGCUCACUGACGAAGAGGUUGAUGAGAUGAUUCGAGAGGCUGACGUUGACGGUGAUGGCCAAAUAAAUUAUGAGGAGUUUGUUAAGGUCAUGAUGGCCAAGUGAUGGUACACCAUCUCCACUAAAUUCUGAAUUCAAUUGAUGAAAAUUUCUGAAUUAUGACUGUGCUAUAUAGAACAUCUAGUCCUUGUCUACUGUCAUUUCUGUCUUCUUUCUAAAUUUUUAUAUGAUGCUUUUUGAAUUCAAUCUUAACGACAUUUAGUGGAAAUCACUGCUGCUAAUGGUCAUUAUGUUGCAA